AUGGAGUCUGCGUACAGGAAAUUAUUAAAAAAUCCACGUCAAUCAGCGAGCUUGAUAUCAAUUUUGUUUUUUGGAUGGACCAUACCGAUUUUUAAACAAAGCUAUCGAGACGAUGCCUUAGACUCAAACGAUGCAUUCGAACCGCUUGUACUAGAUCAGUCCGACAGACUUGGUGAUCGACUAGAAAAGGAAAAUUCCGAAGUAUCACGAGACAAUGCGAUAAUUUAUGGAGUCGCACUGUUCGCUUUCAACGUUUUCAGUAGAGUCGAUUUUAUGCACUUUUAUUUCAAUAGUUUUUAUUACAGUAUGAGAAUUCGCAUAGCUCUUUCAAGUCUUAUUUACCGAAAGAUACUUCGUUUAUCACAAAGUGCUUUAAGUAAAACAUCUUCUGGAAAAUUGGUGAAUUUGCUUUCAAACGAUAUUCAAAGAUUUGGAUCACUGUCCGCACAUAUGUUAUGGAUAUCACCGAUAACAUCAAUUAUAGCUACAUAUAUCUUAUGGACUGAAGUGCGAUGGGCUGCCAUCAUAGGAAUUGCUACUCUUUUCAUCUUUAUGCCCAUGCAAAGUUAUGCCGGAAAAUUGGUGGCAAAGAUUCGGUUUAAAACUGCUCUGCGAACAGAUGAACGC